GUUUUGACGUAUCUGUCACCAAGUCCUAUAGGACAAAAAUCUUGGAAAAUAUGAAUUUGUUGUAAAUAGAUGCGAAAUGAGUGACUUGUUUAAAUCAGCUUUCGAGUAUUUUAGCGGGCCGAGUAAUGGCCAGUACAGCGACAACAGUUUUGUAGGACAAACCAUAGAAAUAUCGAACGUAAAAUUAAAAAUUAAGAAGGUUAUUUCCGAAGGGGGGUUUGCGGUGGUAUUUGUGGCCCAGGAUCUGGGCACAGGGAAUGAGUAUGCCUUAAAAAGACUGUUAGGGGCUGACGAAGAGAGUAAAAAUAAUAUUAUUAAGGAGAUUAAUCUGCUGAAAAAAGUAUCAGGUCAUCCAAAUAUAAUCCAAUUUUUAACAUUUAAUUACACUGAAAUAGCCAAAACUAGUCAUGGGCAGCAUGAAUUUUUACUUAUUACAGAAUUAUGUCCAGGGGGAUCACUGGGUGAAAUUCUGCAAUCUAAAAAUAGUCCUUUUGAUCCGGAGAUAAUUGCCAGAAUAUUUUAUCAAAUAUGCAGAGCUGUAUCACAUAUGCAUGCCCAAGUUCCUCCAAUAAUACACAGGGAUUUAAAAAUAGAAAACCUACUAAUUAGCAGCGAAAAUUCAAUUAAAUUAUGUGAUUUUGGUUCAGCAACUGUUGAAGUAUUCAGACCAGAUCUUACAUGGUCUGCUAAUCAACAUAAUGCUUUAGAAGAAAAUAUGUCUAGGUUUACAACACCAAUGUACAGAGCACCAGAAAUGGUGGACACAUGGAAUAACCACUUUAUCGGAACACCAGUUGAUGUUUGGGCUUUAGGCUGUAUUUUAUACACUCUGUGUUACAUGAAACACCCGUUUGAGGACAGCGCUAAAUUAAGGAUAAUCAAUGCUAACUACACUAUCCCACCGGACCCGAAAUACUCUUGUUUUCACGAUAUUAUUCGGGGUUGUUUGCAAGUGAAUCCUGAACAGAGACUCACAGUUUCCGAGUGCCUGGAGAGAGUGGCAGCUGUCGCUGAAACGCACAGGUUUAAUUUAAGGGCUUCCUUAAACUUGGGGGUGGGUAAAGAGGCCGAACAAAAUUUGCCAGAUAGUAAUAGUAGGAAUGGGGUGAGCGAGCAACCGCCCCCGAGGCCUGCCGCCCCUUCGCCCGCUCAUCAUCCUGCCAGACCACCGCAACCAGUUCCUCCUCAAUCCCUUGCAAAGGAUUGUCCUGAACAAGUGCAAUCUAAUGCACCAUCGAGACCUCCUUAUCCAAACAGACCGCCACCCCAACAACAUCAGCAGCAGCAACAGAUCAACAGACAACCCGACGUCAAACAGACAGGGCUGUUUUCGUCGCUGAAAGGCGGCGCUGGCAGCUUUCUGAAAAACUUAAAAGAUACUAGCACAAAGGUUAUUUCGUCGGUACAACAGACCAUGGGAAGAACCGACCUGGACAUAAACUACAUAACCUCUAGAAUCCUAGUAAUGCCGUAUCCGUCGGAAGGCUUCGAAUCUGCCUACAAAACGAACCACAUAGAAGACGUGCGACUUUUCUUGGACUCGCGGCACCCCAAUUUCAAAUAUUCCGUGUACAAUUUAUCGCGCAGGCCGUACCACGGAAAGUUCGGGCAAGCUCGUAUCAUCGAUUGCGGGUUCGCGUAUCCCGAGCAUUUCCGAGCGCCGCUGUUGAAUUCUUUGUACCAGCUUUGCGAGGAUAUUUACCAAUAUUUGGAGGGCGACAGCCGGAAUGUCGUCGUCGUGCAUUGUACGGACGGAAAAUCCACCUCGGCUACGCUAGUGUGCGCACUACUAAUCUACGCAGGUCUAAUCCAAGUCCCCGAAGACGCCUUACAAAUGUUCGCAGUGAAACGCUGCCCGCCCAACAUGCAGGCCUCCAACCUAAGAUACCUCUACUAUCUAGCGGGUAUAGUGCGCGCCCCGGCUCUUUACCCCCACUACAAACCCGUCACCCUGAUAAGCGUGCUUAUGCAACCCGUACCGCUGUUCACCAAAGUCCGGGAUGGUUGCCGGCCUUAUAUUGAAGUUUACAGCGAAAAUAGAUGUGUGAUGUCUACACUGCAAGAUUAUGAGAGAAUGAGAUUGUAUAAUAUAGCGGAAGGAAAGUGUUUGUUACCUAUAAACACCACAGUGUGCGGUGACGUUUGCAUAGUGAUUUACCACGCGAGAAACAUCCUAGGUGGCGUGAUGACGCAAGGCAAGGCGACUGGAUUAAAAAUUUGCCAGAUUCAGUUCCACACCGGAUUCAUACCGGAGGAGGAGACAUCACUAAGAUACACAAAGGCUGAUUUGGAUGAAAUCUCGGAAAACCCGGAACAUUAUCAGGACCGAUUUUCGGUUACUUUGAAUGUGUUUGUGACUGAUACGGAAAAACGGCCCACACAACCGGCACCAUGGCAAACUGAUACCACUAAACGCGUGGCCGAUACGAUGUUUGCUUCGCAAAUUGAAAAAGAUGAAACCAUCGAUAAUUUCGUUAGUAAAAAUUCGAGAAAUAUGGAUACGUCUUCCAGAAUUCUGCCACAAAGACCGUCUAGACCAUCUAGACCUACGCCACCACUUCACAGAAAUUUGACGGGCGAAAACAAAACUUCAAGUGAUUCCGAUUCAGAACAAAUUAUGAACAAACAACCGCCACGUCCGGCACCGCCCGCAACGAAAACCUCCACGAAACCUCUAGAAGAAGCGGUCGACUUUUUGAAUCUCAACUCCUCCGCUCCCGCCAACAACUCCUCCCCCAAAAUUUCCCCGAGCUCCAACUUCGACCUCCUGAGCGGCUUUGGCGGCAACAACGAACCCCAAAUGAACUUUGGCGGCUUCAAAUCCGCUCCCAAAGAAAACAAACCGCCGGCAAGUGACAUUUUCGACCCUUUCGCCACCACUGGAGGCGGGGAGGAUAAUUUGAUUGGUGGUUGGGGUAAUUUUAGCUCCGCUAAUGUCACUACUACUACUACUACUAAUAGUACUACCACUACAAAUAAUAGUAACAGUCAGCCACAGAAACCCAACGAUUUUUUCGCCGAUUUAGGGAGUUUGGGGGGUAAUAUACGCCCGCCAUCCGUAACUCCGACCAAUGGGGGUUCAACUCCGAACAAAAUGCCUCCCACUACGCCGCAGCAUGCCCCGAAACCGCAGAUGAAGUCUCCGGACUACAACAGGGCGCACUUUGAGCCUCCCACCGCCAAAAAUAAUGGCGCCAGUGAAGCGAAGGGGAAGCCCAAAAGUGUAGAUGUUUUUGGAGACUUAUUAGGUUCGCAAGGUUAUUCGUUUACAGCGAAAAAGGAUCAAGGUCCGAGGUCGAUUAAUGAAAUGAGAAAGGAAGAAAUGGCCACUUACACAGAUCCAGAAACGAUGAAGGUUAUGGAGUGGAAAGAAGGCAAGAAAAACAAUAUCAGGGCUUUGCUAUGCUCAAUGCACACAAUUCUGUGGGAGGAUAACAAAUGGAAAAAAUGCGAAAUGCAUCAAUUAGUUUCAGCUGCGGACGUGAAAAAAGCUUACAGAAGAGCCUGUUUGGCUGUUCACCCAGACAAGCAAGUUGGUACAGACAAUGAAAAUCUAGCGAAACUUAUUUUUAUGGAGCUUAACAACGCUUGGAGUGAUUUUGAAAAUGACGCUGCGCAACAAAAUAUGUUUGCAUCUUAAAAGUUUUAAAUUAUUCCUCUUUUCUCGAUACUGUUUAUUAAACUAUGAACCUAAAUCGUGAUCAUUCCAGAGUAUUUACAUAUAUUAUUUAAACUUAUCAUCAUAUUAAUGAAUGAAUAUUUAUUUUUUAAUUUUAGCCCCUAUUACUAAGCAAGGUUGAGAUGAAAUCAACAUAUUAAUAUUAUCAAUUAAUUAAUAUGAUAGACAAUAUGAAUUUUAUGUAGACUGUUUGUACAGGGUGUUCAAAAAAUGAUGCAAUUUCAUGAGGGAGGUUAUUUUAAGUAUAUGAUCUGAAAAGCACAUAACUUCAUUGUUUGUAUUAUGUCCAGCACGUCUUUGUCCCAUUUUUGAACACUUUGUGUAAGAACCUAAGAUAUUUGGCGUUAUUAUAAAAGCAGCUCCAAAAAAUGCCUAUUGUUAUAAAUUACACAAAAUUUACGAUAUAAUUUUAUUUACACAUAUCUAUUUUUCUAUUGUGAUUUCGUUAUUUCUUAGUAUUGUUGAGUAUCUUUUUAAAUUGUUAGCUAUACUUAUUACUUAAUUAUCUUUUAAUUAGUUGAUGACUAUACUUUGUUUUUAUACAUAAAAAAUGUAAUUUAUUGUUAUAAGUCUCAAAAAUAAUAAUAUUUAUGUGAAAUAGAAGUCUUUUUUUUAUAAAAACAUUUAUUGAUUAUAAAAAUGGAAAUUAAAUAAAAACACAAAUAUCUUUAUGGCAUAGUUAAUUUUGUAUGGUUUAAAUGUAUAUAUUCGUAAUACAAAUUUUGUAUACCUCAAAUUGCGACAUGUUUUUUUGCCGCCAGAGUGCGUUGUUAAGUGACUGGACAACAUGGUACAUGUGAAAGCAUACAGUAUUUUAUGGUAAAUGCAUUCUAAAUGUUAUAAGUUACAAAAUUAACUACCCCAUUACAACAAACAACAAAGUGUUGGAAAAAAUUAACAAAUUUUUUGAAGCCAAUUAUUCAAUUCUUCAAUAUUGCAGGUUUUUUGUUUAUUACAACCAAACGAUUGAGCAAACUCUACUUUAACAGGUAAAAUUGAAAAAUCAAAAUCUUUAUUCAUAUCUCCUAAUCCUGAAGUUUUCUUUGAUUUUGGGUCAACUGAUUCAAGCUGAUGUGCCUUUGUAAAUCUCAAGGUAUUC